CGAACUUUUACUUCCGCUUCCGGUUCCUAGCGAUAACUGUUGCCGGGGUUCAGCGCUCGGGUGAGGAGCUGGUGGCGUCGGCAGGUUCCAGGCGAUUCGAGGUCCAGCUAGGAUGAUCGAGGUUGUUUGCAACGACCGUCUGGGGAAGAAGGUCCGCGUUAAAUGCAACACGGAUGAUACCAUCGGGGACCUUAAGAAGCUGAUUGCAGCCCAAACUGGCACCCGUUGGAACAAGAUUGUCCUGAAGAAGUGGUACACGAUUUUUAAGGACCACGUGUCUCUGGGGGACUAUGAAAUCCACGAUGGGAUGAACCUGGAGCUUUAUUAUCAAUAGAUGAGAAUCCUCAUCUUCCUGCCCCGCUUUGCUCUCCCAUCCUCAUCCCCCACACUGGGAUAGAUGCUUGUUUGUAAAAACUCACCUUAAUAAACACUUAGAUGUUGCUU